AUGAGUUAUUAUCUACCCAAUCCUUGUCUUCAAGGUAUAUUAUUAACUAUUUCAACUCACAAUGGUCCCCAGCUUGUUUAUCAUUACCCACCUAUACCCAGUGAAGUUGGCUUCAAUACAAACUCAUUCACAACAAACAAUGACCUUUUAAGUUCUGAAGAUAGUACAACAGAUUCUUCAGAAUCAGACUCAAGUGACGAAGAGGAUCGAGUAACAAGUUCACAUAAAGGUAAAGAUGCAUUUAUGUCAAGAUUCAAUGCAACAGAAAACCAAUCAUCCGGACAAACGUUGUUAGACUUGUUAGAUGAGAGAGAUAAAAGAAGGGAAGUAAAGAAAAAACGUCGCCAAAAUCAAAAGAGAAAGAAAGGUUCCAUUUCAUCAAAUAGUAUUCAUAAGUCCACUGCAAACUCUGAAACAAAUUCACUGGCAACUGCUAUUCAUCCCCAGCAACAGCUAGAUAAAGUUUUUGGGUUUGACGCCGAGUUUCUAGGUGAGUUUUUAUCACCACCUAAAAGAUUAUGCAACAGUAGGUUCGAAUUGACAGUUGAUGAUAUGGCAUUCUUAGGGUUACCAAUUCAUAAGAAUGAUGAUGGUCUUUGGAGAAAUCAUAAGUCCAAAAGGGACCAAAAAUCUAAACACUCUGGAAAUACAUCUGGCAAUAAUACAAGGAGUGGGUCUACAAAAGGUGAAUCUGAAACUGAAGAUGCUACUAGUGGACCAGAAGUUGAAAAUAUUCAAGAUGAAAAAUCAAAUUUUAGCAAAACCGAAAAUGAUGACAGUGAUUCAAAUUCAAUGGAAAUGUUCCAUGUUGUGUUUGUAAUGAAUCCAUCACUUGUUGAAUACAAUUAUAGACUUGAUGAAAUGUUCCAUUAUGUUGUAUCAAGACUUAGUCUUAUCUUGAGAUAUGAGCAGUCUAAAUCCAACUAUGUAUGGGAUCAGGUCAAAAAAAUACUGAUGAUCAAAGACAAUAAUGAAAAUUUAUCAGUGUUUGAUCUAUAUCAAAAGUUGAAUACUGAAUCGUCACUUGCGAAGGUUUUAUCCCAAUGUUUUGACUCAAUUGCAUCUUCAGAUAUUGCUAAUUUGGAAAUUAAUAACAAGGUUAUAUCACUUCAGAUUCCAAUGAAAAAUCAGUUCAGCUCGUUAUUGCCCAAAACAACACCUGUUCUACCAGGGUCAUACUUAUCAUCGACAACUCAAUACGAUGAAGAAGAGUUAGAUUCAAACGUUGGUCAUAUGGCAUUAUUGUUAUUGGAUGCUCCAGAAAAAAUUAUAACCGAUCUUAAAACAGAGCCAAUGAGUCCGUUGUCCACUUUUAUCAAAAACAUUAAUCCAAUGAUGUCCAUGAACAAACUUGCAUUGCUUAACCAAUUAGAUAUAAACCAAGUAAAAGCAUUCGCCAAUCACUUAAUAUACUGGAGAAGAGCUAGAUCUAUUAUACCAUUACAGGCUAAGAGUGUUUUCAUUGUCUCUCCUAUGGCUCCUAUUGAAUAUAUUAAUGAAGACAUGAAAAGCUUUAGACAUGAUUUCCCAUCAUUACCAUCAUUACCAUCAUUCAUAUCGCUCAUUUCAACUUCUAAACCAAGACAGUACUCCGCAAUUAUCCCAAGUAGAGAUCACAGAGAUUUGUAUCUUGAAGCAUUGGCAUGGCUAAUACGACAUGGGUAUGUCACUCAGUUGAUGACUUUCGUUUGGUUAAAAAUAUCUAAUAGGAUCAAAUUAGCCGUCGAGGAAGACCUAGAAAAAGAAGGCAUCUCAAAAGAGCCACACUCCAAACUAAAGCUCACGGAUCUAUCUACUGAUAACACCAGCAAAGACCCAAAUAGUGAAUCAGCCCAAAUUGAUAAAAGUGAAACCGAGAGCAGAAGUAGUGAACAAAGAGUCACUUAUAAUGGCACUGAAGUUGACAUCGAAGAAGAAGAGGAAGAAGACACAAUACUUUUGGAUCCAGAAAGGGCUACAGCGGUCGAAAGAAGAUGGAUCAGUAAAUGUAUCAAAGGUCAACCAACUGAUAUUAUUGCAUUAUUUCAUAAAAUGUUGAAGUAUUUAAACGGUAAAACUCCGCUUGAGCUUGUGGUGGUUAGAGAGAAUAUAUCUAGACAUGAUUUGAAACGAUUGUUGAACGCAAUUGGUGAUCAUAUCAUAUCGGUCAAACACUGGUAA